UACAACUGAAUUAAUUUGUACAGUCACGGUUUCUUAAAAGCAUGAAACUCAAAUCUUGUUCGCGGAUCGAAAAAUUUAGGGAAAAUCGAAAUAACGCUAGAUAAUUUCAUCAAGGCGGAAAUUUUCUACAUGAUAAAAAACUGAGAAUAAUCUUAUUAAAUCCUUUCUUAUCGCUUGCAGAAACAUUCGUAUACCAAGCACACGAUCUUUCGAAUAACAAAGAGUUUUUAGAACUCUGUUUCAGUUAUGCCAGGUGAUGAGACAAAACGUGAUUUUGAAGAGGAAAAUUGGAAAAGGAAAUAAAAAAAGAAAUAAAUCACUUAACUGAAAGACGUGAACUUCAAACUUUAUUUUCGAUUAUUAUUAUUUUUUUCUUUACAUUUGAAUUCCAUUUCCCUACCAGUAACAUGCUUGACAAACAUUUGGUUCGAACAACUGCUGUUGCAGUUACUGUUUUUUGUGCUUUAGAAUUGUUUUCACGGACAGUUGAAAAUUGGACAGUAUUUUACUCAACGGUCGGUAAAAUAGUAAUCUGUGCAUUUAUUAGUGGAUUUUUAUUGGACUUAAUUGGAUACAAGAUUCUGAAAACUACGAUAGAUACCAAAAAUAAAGCCGUUUUUAUAACAGGAUGUGACAGUGGAAUAGGAUACAGUCUAGCAAAGCGACUUGAUUUGCGAGGUUAUGAUGUCUUUGCGGGAUGCUUAUCGCCUUCAAAAGGAGGUGGACUGGAAUUAACAGAAACAUGCUCACAUCGUUUACGAACAAUUCAGGUAGAUAUAACAAAAAACGAGAGUAUACUGGAAGCCAAAGACUUCAUUCGAAAUAAUCUUGGAGAAUCAGAGCUAUGGGCUGUUGUAAAUAAUGCUGGCAUAUACAGGGGUUUUACAGUCGAGCUCUGCACUUUGGACCAUUUCAAAGAUGUAUUCGAUGUGAAUGUGAUGGGAACUGUCAGAGUGACCAAAGCAUUCUUGCCGUUGUUAAGGCAGUCAAAGGGAAGAUUGGUCAACAUAAACAGCAUAGCAGGAAGGUUCAGUGCUCUAUAUAUGACGGCGUACACUAUGACUAAACAUGCAACCGUUGCUUUGACUGAAUGUCUUCAACAGGAAAUGUUAAAGCCUGGUGUUAAAGUCAUUUCUGUAGAACCAGAACUUUUUCAAACAUCGAUUGCAACAGAAGAUUUGAUUCACAAUCUCAUGAAAGAAUCAGUAGAUAAUCUUGACGAUGAUUUAAAAGGUAUAUACAAUGAGAAACGUGUAAAACAAUUGAAACGCAUUUCAAAAUUAAUUUUUGAAAUGCAUUCUUCACGAAAUAUUAGCAUUGUUAUUGAUGAAAUAGAAAGAGCAAUAAGCGCUGUUCAUCCAGACUCUGUAUACACACCAUGCAGGAAUUGGAUCACAAAACUGAUGCUAUAUACAGGGCGAUUCUUGCCGGCCAGUGCUUCACUCGGUGUUCAGAAGUUGUCAUGGAAACUACUGGGAAAAUAUGCAGGCUCCAUUUGAUAAGAGUGUAGAUAGAUAUUUCUUGAAAUUAGACAAAUCUAUUGCAGUUUCCUGAUAUAAGUUUAUCUCUGCACAUGAUGCACCCGCUUGUUAUUGUUAUACAACAUGAGGCAAACAGCUAAACAAUAUAAGAAACCUUUUUGUUUUAGCUGAACUAAAAAAUUGCACUUUUGGAAAAUUUACAUUCAGCAAUCAAUUCGGCCUUAGCAUUGACUUUAAUAUUUCUUUUUUAAAAGAGAAAAGUUUUAGCUGAUUGUGUUACUAAUAUGUAAUUUUAUGUCAUUUAUCUUGUUCUUCAAUAAAGAAUUAUGUGACAAGGAAACUUCUAAUAAUGCAGAGAAGAGGUAAAUAUUAAAUUUAUAGUAUUCUCAA